UCCUUCCGGCCUCCAGUUUUGGCGCCUCCAAUCCCCAGCGCAGCUUCGGGAAGAGCCUUGCCUGGGACCAGGGAUGCUUUUGGCGCCUUGGACGACCGGGGUUCACUAUGAUUCUGAAUACUGAUCAGAUAAACCUAACUGGACAAGUGUUUGAGUCGUAUAUUUUGGAACACCACAAAAAUGAUAUCUUGCAGAUUUUAAGAGAGAAAGAUGAUGAUGCCCAUUACCCAGUUGUUAUCGACGCUCUAACGCUUUUUGAGACCAAUAUGGAAAUUGGUGAAUAUUUUAAUGCAGUCCCCAAUGAAGUGCUUCCCAUUUUUGAUAAUGCAUUGCGCAGGGCAGCUAUGACAGUAUGCCAGUCCGUUUCUCAAGCUCAUGACUUCAUCAUUAAACAGAAUCUUCAUGCCAGAAUAUCAGGUCUACCCGUUUGUCCAGAGCUAACCAGAGAACACAUCCCAAAGACCAGAGAUGUUGGACACUUCCUUUCGGUCACCGGCACUGUGAUUCGCACCAGCCUAGUGAAGGUCCUGGAGUUUGAACGGGAUUACAUGUGUAACAAGUGCAAGCAUGUCUUUGUGAUCAAAGCUGAUUUUGAGCAAUACUAUGCUUUCUGCCGCCCAUCAGCCUGCCCUAGCAAAGAAGGCUGCAACUCAUCAAAGUUCACUUGUCUCUCCGGAACAUCAUUUGCUCCCAGUAGUUGCAGAGACUAUCAAGAAAUAAAGAUUCAGGAACAGGUCCAAAGGCUAUCUGUUGGAAGCAUUCCUCGUUCUAUGGUGGUUGUCCUUGAAGAUGACUUAGUUGAUAAUUGCAAAUCUGGUGAUGACAUAACAGUUUAUGGAAUAGUAAUGCAGAGGUGGAAACCUUUUCACCAAGAUUCACGCUGUGAUGUAGAGAUUGUCUUGAAAGCCAAUUACAUUCAAGUAAACAAUGAGCAGAUGACAGGAGUUAUCAUUGAUGAGGAAGUCCGGAAGGAAUUUCAAGACUUUUGGGAAAAACAUAAGAAUGAUCCCUUGUCAGGCAGGAAUGAAAUUUUAGCAAGCUUGUGCCCUCAGAUUUUUGGCUUGUAUCUCGUGAAGUUGGCUGUAGCCAUGGUCCUUGCAGGGGGUGUACAGAGAACAGAUGCUGCAGGCACUCGGAUUAGAGGUGAAUCUCAUCUUUUAUUGGUUGGAGACCCUGGGACAGGAAAAUCUCAAUUUCUGAAAUAUGCAGUAAAGAUUACUCCACGAGCAGUGCUUACAGCAGGAAUUGGAUCUACCAGUGCAGGUUUGACAGUCACUGCUGUGAAAGACUCUGGAGAAUGGAAUUUGGAGGCUGGAGCUCUGGUGCUGGCGGAUGGUGGCCUUUGUUGUAUUGAUGAGUUUAACAGCAUCAAGGAACAUGACAGAACCAGUAUUCAUGAAGCAAUGGAGCAGCAAACAAUCAGUGUGGCAAAGGCUGGCUUAGUGUGCAAACUGAACACGAGGACCACUAUUUUGGCAGCAACCAAUCCCAAGGGCCAGUAUGACCCCAAUGAAUCUGUCUCAGUGAACAUAGCACUUGGAAGUCCUCUUCUUAGCAGGUUUGAUCUUGUCCUGGUAUUGUUGGAUGCAAGAAAUGAAGAGUGGGAUCGCAUUGUUUCUUCCUUCAUAUUAGAAAAUAAAGGCUGCCCCAGCGUGUGUGAAAAGCUUUGGACUAUGGAAAAGAUGAAAACAUACUUUUGCCUUAUAAAGAACCUACAGCCAGUGUUGACUGAUGAAAGCAACCUGAUUCUUGUCCGCUAUUACCAGAUGCAAAGGCAGAGUGACUGCAGAAAUGCUGCACGGACCACCAUUCGCUUAUUAGAAAGCUUGAUACGGUUAGCCGAAGCACAUGCUCGAUUGAUGUUUAGGGAGACAGUAACUGUGGAAGAUGCUGUAACUGUGGUUUCGGUGAUGGAGUCUUCUAUGCAGGGUGGUGCACUUCUUGGAGGGGUCAAUGCACUGCACACUUCGUUUCCUGAGAACCCAGUGGAGCAAUACCGAAUGCAGUGUGAACUGAUCUUAGAGAAGUUGGAGCUGCAAGAGCUUCUGUGUGAAGAACUGAAAAGGCUUGACAGAUUACAGAAUGAAAAUUCAUCUCAAUUUCUGCAAUCCAAAGAAUCAUCUUUGAACCAUCAUUCACUUGGGAAAUCAAAGGAAGUGUCUCAUCCUCAACAUUUGGACAAAGAGGGAAAUCAUUCAGAUUUUCAGUUGCAACCCCCCUUAGCCAAAAUAAACCCUACAACUGAUAUGGAUCCAGUGUUCACAAACAGCCAAAUGUGUGAUGAUAACAGAAUAAUAGAACUACCGUGCAAACGUAAUGAGAACAGCAGUGACAGCAGUUUGAACUGGUUUGAUACUUUAGCAGGUGGCAGCAAUGAAGCUGAAAAGAGCACUUGCAAGUCUCCAGUUGUAAGACCAUCUCAAGACCAUUCCUCUUUGGAAACACCAAGCAACCAGGUCUGCUUGAAAGAGAGAAAUUAUUUCAGAGAAGCCAAACAAGCAGAGACGCAGGAAUCACUGACAACAGUAGCUGCAGGAAAUCCUUAUAGUCAGUUUGUUUCUCAUCUUGAGGAGGCAGACAAGCCUUUGACAUUAUCUCCAAGAGUAAGCCACAAAGGUUUGCCUUCCCCUCCAUCCCCUGACUUAGUAGUUACUCAAAGGGCCUCUAAGAAAUGGCAAAGGGUGAAUAUUGAGAGAGUUCGUGGGUUUUGUGCAAGCACACCUGAUCCUAAGACUGGAAAUCUCCCAGCUUCAUUAUUUUCUCAUCCAGGCAUUGCUCCCCAGUCUCCUAUAAUGGACUUAAAAGCUUCCCUUUCUCACUAUGUGUCUUCAAAAUAUCACGAAUUGGUAACUUCAACCAGAAAGCGAAACAGAGACCAGGCAGAGAAAGGAGGAGAAGAAAGCAGUGAACCUAAAAUCCUCAAGAACUCAGGACCUGCACCUCCUAAACUAACCAAAUUUUCCUUUAAGCAGAAGCCAAGGCUUUCUCACACAUCUGAAAAUGAGGCCCAUGCUAGAUUACCCCAAACUGUUUGCAGCCCUUGCUCUUCUACCACAAGUGUGUUAGUAGAGGAAAGGUCCAAAAAAGCAUGUUCUGAGGAACACCAGAAAGAACAUGAUACUAAUGUAGGAAUUAAAAGCAUGGUGAAACGACCUUGUGAUAACAAAAGAGAGGAACAGCAGCAAAAUGAAAUGAUUGCCCCUUCAGCUAUGAAAAAUACCAGCAUGGGAGAAGAAAUAUUGGGUGGCCUGAACACAAAAAAGGUGUGCUCCAGCACAUUAGCAAAAUUGGCCAGGUUUGCCUUCAUGCCACCUGCUGAAUCCAGAGAAGAGCCUACAGAAUCAAAAACAAAGCCUCACUCAGUUUCUUUGAAUGUCAGUUGUAAAAAGGAGGACAGGCAAAAGCAGCCCCUGAAGACCCAAAGUGAUAAUGCAGGUCACACAAGGAAGUGCUUUGAACUAGGCAAAGGUAGCAUGGUCACAGGCAAAUCUUUGUUCUCAGUGACUGAUUUUGAUGAUACGGAGUUAGACUUUGAUUGGAAUGAAGACAGCCAAGAAAAAAACACAUCUUGAAACAUAAUUUCUGUGGCCUCAUCAAAAAGAUACUUUGACAGUUUCUGUAAUUGGCUUAAUUUGGGGUUUGGGGAAAACUGUGGUAAAUAAAAUCUAGUUUCAUCUUGCCCUAAAAUAAUAAGAGCCCAAAUGGCUUUGUUAUAGAUCAGAUGAUAAAAUGAUCAUACUUUGAAAUCUCUUCCCCCUGGAUAGUGGUGUUUUGAGAACACUCAGACUGUUAGCCUCAAACAGAAUAAAUCUUAUUGAAGUGAGCAGGACUAACUAUAGAGGAGUCCUUUGAAGAAAGCAGUAGAUCAGAUGCUGUUGUAGCUAACUCUUUCAAGCUAACUCUUUCAAGAUGUCUAAUUCCAUUAAUAGUUCAGAUGGCAUAUUUUGGUAAAACUGCUGAAAGAGUAAUCCUUAAAAAUAAAUCAGAAUUUCCCCCUUAUUUUUAUCCUACCAUCUGCUUAUUACACAAAUGCUCUAUUUGGUUAGGUUCAGUUAGGCUCUUUUUUCAAGUAAAAGGAAAAAUUGCAAACUGCACUUUAAAAAUAAUGAUUAUGUGUCCUGUCCCCCCCCCCCAUGCGCCAUUUAAUGUUUACUUCGUUGCUUUAUCAAGGACUGGUUCUAUUCCAUAAUGGUUUUAGGUCUAUGGUAUUCAAGUGAUCUUCACACUGUAUCAGUUAGAUAGUACUGUCUGGUAUAAAUAGCCAAAAGUAUUUUCCUGGAUCUCUUGUGGCUAUACACCUUUUCAUGCAAAGAAUGGGAAUAGGCUAUGGUAGCCUAGUUAUUCAUCAUGGAUAGGUUCAUUGGUAUUUUAUUGGAGAAUUUCAUUUAUUUGUUUACUAUGGACUCCUCAGCACACAUUCUUCUUUUCACUAUUGUAUUGUAGAUUCAAUGGGCUUCCUAAUAUUUGGCUUAUUUAGGCUUGCAUCUUUUGUCCAGUCAAAAGAAACUGGGAUGGUUAAGCCAUUGUAGGGCUUAAAAUGACUGAGGAAGUGGAGUUUGGUUAUCAUGUAUCAAUUAAAAUUUAUGAUUUCUGGUUUUUGUCCUUGUGUAAAAUAUCCAUUAGUAGGUUCUCCUUGGCUUCAAUCUAGUUACUUGAUAAAUGCAAAGAAAGUCACAAUGGGCUCUUAGAAAGAGUAAAAAAACAAAACAAAAUAAACAUAGAUGCCUUAAAAAGAAAAGGGAAUUGCUCAAUGUUUUAGACAAAUAUAUGCAUACAGGUCCAAAAUACACUGCAGAAACAAUCCAGUUUGAGAUCACCUAACUGCUCUGGCUCACUGCUGUAGUUUUGAGAGACAUUUAGCCUUCUUUGUCAGAGAGCUCUGGUGCCACAAGAAACUACAAUUCCCAGGAUUGCUUAACACUGAGCCAGGGCAGUUAACUGAUAUCAAGUUCUGUGGCCCACUGUGACCAAUUUGCCCUUACUCCAGUGCAAAUUUACCCUGGAUUUAGAGGUGGGUUUGUGGGGGGUAGUACCAGAAGAUGUAGCUAUGGGGAGGUAACUACAUGUGAGAUUUAUGUCUCUUAAUUCAGGAUGUCAAUCUGUGGCCACAGUUCUGUAUCACAUACUUAGCUAUGUAACCCACAUUCAGAAACUGCCUUGAUAAAGCUUUGUAUCAACAGAUGGUAGUUAAAUAAUUCAAUUAUAAAACGUAAUGCUGGCCAUCAAAUUAUAUCUAGGUACAUUUUUACAAGUACUGUAAUUGCAUACAGUACUUGAGAAAUCUUAUGAAUGACAGCAUUUGCCCUUGUCCUUUGAUUGCCUAGUCCUUGGUCCAAGAUUCAUUGUGGCUUUGUGAAAUUUAAUAUCAAAUAUCAAUUUCUUCUUUAUUUAGUAGUAAAUCAAGAUGCCACAUACACACCAAUCUGAUCCUUGAAGCACCCUCUUGCCACAAGAGGUAUUAAUGUACACAGUGUGUCUGUGAACAGAGAACAAACAAGGUCAUGCUGAAAUACAAGCUAGACUUCUUGGUGAAUUAUAAAACAUUAAUUGGGUCUUCUGUUGCAUAUCAUACAUGAUGCACUUACUUGAUCGAAAACUAGGUAGUAAAUGCUCAGUAUUGGUUGCAAUGGAAUCAUUCUGUUAAUAAUAAAUACUAUGCUUUU